GGUAAAGCGUGUCGUGUAGCAGAGCGGCUGGCAGCGAAGAAGGCGGGGCGCCAGUGGCAGUACAGAUAAGUCAGAGCUGCUCCUGGCUGCUGGUUAUCGGCGGAAGGCUGGGACCUCGGCGAUGGCUUCUGCUAAAUCUGUGCUCACAUUUGCUGUGUGUAUAUUAUUAAUAUCUGAAGUCAUAUUAGCAGCCAAGACAUAUUAUGACAUCUUGGGGGUUCCGAAAAAUGCCUCAGAGCGACAGAUCAAAAAAGCUUUCCACAAGCUUGCCAUGAAAUAUCAUCCGGAUAAAAAUAAAAGUCCUGAUGCUGAAGCAAAGUUCAGGGAAAUAGCUGAAGCCUAUGAGAUCCUAUCGGAUGACAAUAAACGGAAGGAAUAUGAUCUAUCUGGCCAUGAUGCUUUCACCACUGGAGGAAGACCAGGCUCCGACAAACAUUUCCACCAGCAUUUCAAUUUUAACUUUGAUGAACUAUUCAAAGAUUUUGACUUUUUUGGGGAGAGCCAAAAUUCUAGAUCAAAGAGGCACUUUGACAAUACCCACUUUAGGAGCCAACAAGACCCUUCUCAUAGGCAAAGGCGCCAUUUUGAUGACUUUGGUUUUGGGGGAAGUUUAUUUAAUGACAUGUUUGAAGAUAUGGAAAAGAUGUUUACAUUUGGUAGUUUUGGCAAUGCACAAAGGCACAACGUUGGAAGCGACAGCAGAUUCCAUGGAUCGAGCAAGCACUGUAGAACUGUCACUCAGCGACGAGGAAACAUGGUUACCACCUAUACAGAUUGUUCCGGACAGUGACAGCCCGACCUACGAAAAGCUGAGAGCCUGUGAACUGUACCAACGAAAGCUUUCC